AUGAGUAAACUUUGGUCGUCGAAGGAAAAUGACAUUAUUGUUAGUCUUGGCAACAGAGAAAAUAGGAGAAGGUUAAGAACCAUCUAUUUGAGACAUAAAACGUCCAAGCAAUGCGCUGAUAGAUGGAGAGAGCUUCAAGGAUAUAUCGACGGUCCAUUUGCCCCUUUUGAGUGUAAUAAAAUUCGAUAUUUGUAUCGAUUAUUCGGCCCCCGUUGGGUAAGAAUUUCCGCAAUUCUCCACCGCUCUCCUCAAAGCAUUAUGGAAUGCUGGCUUUCUUUGAAUGCUAUGGAUGAAGAAGCCGCGAGAAUACGUAAAAAAAUGGCCGUUCAACGAAUUCUUGCUUAA